UCUUUUGCUUCUUCUCAGCCGCGGACACGCCAGCUCUGUAUCAAUGUAUAACGAGAUUGUUGUUUACUGCGGUGCCCAUCUACCUCUCUGUGUUUACAAGAAGUUCGCGCUCGCUGCAUCUGGGUAUGAGAUUUUUUUCUUUUAAGUUUUACACAAAUAUAUGUCACUUCCGCUGUACUCGGUUCGCCAUUUUGGACAGGCUUGGCCCGAGCCAUGAUGAGGAAUGGUCUCGAGAUAGGAAAACUUGCCGUUUAUGAUGCCUCUUCGUUGUGUAUUUGAUUUGAGGACAAUCUGACCACUGUAAAACAACACACUGCAGCGCAUUAACCAGAGUACACCACAGCAACGGGGCAUAUUUAAUUUAUUGAAACACAUGGCACAGAUCAUCAGGAUGAGUUGCACAGCCCCACCGGCAGCAGAGUUUAGACGAAGGACAACUGCAGCACCGGGUUGGACACAAUAAACUGGAGUCGGUCUCCUCUGUCCUGCGGGUCUGGAUGGAGUAACGUACAGUCUGUGAGGGGUGAAAUAUUUGCUGUCCCGAAAGAAAGAGCAGCAAAGAUGUUUCAGCUACCGGUGAACAACCUCACCAGGAUACGAAAGGCCAGGAAGUCGGUAAAGAAAGUGCUUGUUGACAUUGGCUUGGAGUACUGCAAGGACCAUGUUGAGGAUUUCAAAGAGUUUGGUCCAGAUGAUCAUUAUGUGAAGAAUCUUUGCUGGGAGGAUGUCUGUCUGUGGUAUCCACAAAAACCACAGGACUACAGGUCAAAGCAGUUUUGCUGCUCAGAGUGUCCUUUCUCUUCCAAAUACUUCUCUGGAUACAAGAACCACUUCCGCAAUGUGCACAGGCAGGACUAUGAGAAGCACAUCCUACUCAACUGCCCCUAUUGCAUGUACAGUGGGAACAAGAGGUCCCUGGAGACACAUGUCCGGCUCUUCCACGCAUCCAACAACGCGUACCGUCAGAACAUGACGCCCAACCAGUCCAAUAUGAUGGCGAUGAAGGACGGCUCACUUCAGGCUGUGUACUUCUGCAAGACGUGCACCUAUCAGGACCCUCUGUACAAUGUAGUGCGUCGGCACAUUUACCGCGAGCACUUCCAGCACGUGGCCAAGGCCUACGUCGACAUUGACUCUGAGAACAAGCCAGUAAGUGAUGGCGCUGUCUCUGGCAUAAAUGGCAUCCAGUGCAAGAUCUGCCAGUUUGCACCGCGCUCCUACGAGGCACUGGUGCAGCACGUUGUCGAGUUCCAUGAGAAAAUCGGAUACCAGGUCACUGCAUUGAUAGGCCACACAAAUAUCCCAGUGUCCAGACCCUCAUAUCAACCAGGUUUGGCGAGGGGUGCUGUCUUGACCCCUGCAGGUUGGCGUCCCCAGACACCACAGCAGAUGAACCGCAUGGCCCCCCCCAAAAUGCAGGGGAUACCAGUCUUGGAUCACUUGAAGCAAAAUACUAUAGGGUAUAAGCUUCCCAUGGGGCAACCUAUACGUUUGGGCCCUGCUGACAGUGCAAAACUGUUGGGCGUGUGUGAUUCCAUCCCUGCCAAGAAGCCCCAUAAUGUGUCCACUGCUCAAACACAAAAGUGGAAGAUCUGCACGGUGUGCAGUCAGCUCUUUCCAGAGAGUGCAUACAGUGCCCACUUCGAGAAGGAACACCAGGCUGAGAAGGUGCGAGUGAUGGCCAAGUACAUCAUGAAGAUCCAUAACUUCACUAGCAAGUGUCUAUACUGCAACCGCUACUUGCCCACUGACACACUACUGAGCCAUCUGCUGGUCCAUGGACUUUCGUGCCCGCUGUGUUACACAACGUUCAACGAAGUCGAAAAAAUAGUUGCACACAAACGCCAAUGUUGCCCGGAGGACACAAAGAGUGUUCCCGGUGAGUCUCCGCUAACAUUUGACCUCACAGUCGCGCUUGGCAAGCCCAAGAACGUCCAGCUGAUCGUUACUACCUACAACAUGAAGGACGCCUCUGAACCGUCCUCCACCAAGGCACAGACCUUUGUGUCUGAUCAAACCAAGAAGGUGCAUGUCAAGAUCCCAGACAGUCACGAUUCACUGUCCCCAAAGGUGCCGCCUGCGAGUCUGACGCAUAAGACCGAGGUUGGGAAGACCCUGUGCCCUCUCUGCUUCUCCAUCCUAAAGGGGCCCAUAUCUGAGGCCCUGUCUCUCCACCUGCGGGAGCGUCACCAGGUGAUCCAGACAAUGCACCCCGUGGAGAAGAAGAUGACCUACAAGUGCAUCCAUUGCCUUGGCGUCUAUACUAGCACCAUGACUGCCUCCACCAUCACGCUGCACCUGGUGCAUUGCCGAGGCGUGGCCCAGUCUCAGGGAGGUACAGCCAGGCCCACCACUGCUAGGGCCGGUCAGGUCACCAAGCCUGUGGCCACCCUGCGUCCCCCAGGCAUAGGGACUCUGAAACGCGAGCUGCCACCGCCAGAUUGCCUGGAUGCAAAAAAGAGGAAAAUGGUGGACCACACCAGAUGCUACCCCACUGUGUUUGUGGAGAAGCCAGAAGAACCGGUUGUGUUAGCUUUGGAUCCCAAAGGCCACGCGGAGAAAACCUACGAGGCUCGUAAGGCUUUCCUCACUGCCUACUUCAACUGCCACCCCUACCCAUCGCAACGCGAGGUGGAGAAGCUUGCUGCCAGCCUCUGGCUAUGGAAGUCGGAUGUCUCCAGCCACUUUGCCAACCGCCGCCGAUCAUGUGAGCGAGAUUUCGUCACAAGGAAGGGAGUUGUGUUGCUCGGCUUCAACAUGCGUGCUGUCAACCAGGUGAAGCAUGACCUGGACUUUGACCCUCAGUGGUAUUUUGAGGGCACAGAUGACGACGAUAGCAGGCUCUCAAAGAUCACUAAAUCCAGAUUGAAGGAUGCUGGAGGCUUUCAUCACAGUGAGAAUGCCAAAGCAGCCCAACAGUUUGCCAUCAGGCAGCCUGUGAUUGCAGGACAGGGUAGUCUAAACAAGCCGAGCAACAGUGCCUUCAUGCCGAAACCCGGCUCAUAUCAAGAACCCAUUUCCAUUGACUCUGAUAGUGACUCUGAUGUAGAAGAGACCACCAGCUAUGCUAAGCCCUAUGAGCGACCUCAUACUGUGUUAGCAAGGGGAACUGGUGCCCGCGCGGGUCAACAGCCAGUGUUUCUCUCUCAGGAGAGACGGCCCAGGCCGCAGGCGAACUCCUCACAUAGUUCAGCUGGGCUCAUAGGAGGGCCUUCCAGGGCCCACUCGGCCAGAGACACGGCCAAGGGCCUGGACGGCUCUCUGUCUGUGUCCUGCCCAGAGGAGGAGCCAUGGGCACGUGAAAGCGUGACCCUCGAUGACAGCAGUUACAGGCCAGCUGGUCUCUUUGAAGGACAGGGGAAGGAGGUGGGGUUGGUGGGCAGGUGAGCAUCAGAACACUGACCAUCUUCCAAUUGCUGCCAACCUCUAUGCCUCUCCGCAGGAGAAGACUUUACUCUGACUGAACGAGAACCUUGACCUCCCUACCAUUUGUUUAUGACUUUAAUAGAAGAAAUGGUUACAUACAGAAGACAUUGCUAAUUCAAAGUAACAAAAAAAAAAAAAAUGUAAUUUGAUUCACUCUGGUAAAACAGUUGCUGAAAAGUAUACAUUGUGGUGACUGAGAAAAAAAAUAUGCAUUUUGAUGGUAGAUUCUAUCACUUCAGUGAUGUUGAAGUGUAUCAACAGCAGUGAUGAAAACAUGCCUGCUGGAAGUAAUAUUUGGAUCUGUCUGAGACAAACAUGGACCUCUUUUUUUUCCCCCAAAUUGUAUAAUUUAAUUGUCUCCUGUGUAUAUUUUAUAUGCAUUUCCCUCUAUUUAAUCACAUUCUUAACAAGUAGUUGCUAAAAUCAAGGAAAAAAAGAUUGGUUGUCUUUUUUUUUUUAUCGUUUUUGUCAUGAAAAAAGGCAAGCAUAUCCUAAAUUCAAAAAGUAACAAAAAUUGAGGCAUACGACAGUAACUUUUCAGCUUAUAGAAGUUAAUUUUCUGCAUUUGAUAUCUUUCUGUUUAUUUUCCUAUUUAUUUUUAUUUCGGCAUUCUACCUGGCUUCAGACCAUUCCCUCACACAGAGAGCAUCACCACAUCCCUCAGAUGUUGAAGCUCUGAAUGUGAAUGGCUCUUGUAGACUAAAAGACCUCAGCUAGUCAUAAGGGUGCAGGUUGGGAGAUCAGACAGCGUUGGCGUGAAAGUUGGUGUGUUUGUGAGUGUGCUCUUUGUCUCUCAGCUCCUGCUUUGUGUUUUCAAGUGCUUUGAUCAUUAAGAUGCUUCGGAUAAUAAUCAGAGGGGAAAAGAUUUUUUUUCUUUUGAGCUAAAUCUACCUGUACAAGCUUGAAUACUUUGUUUUUUUAACAAGGGCACAAAAACCAGGUUUCAUGUUGACUAUUGUCCCUGGAGGAUGACACUAUUAUGGUAGUGUUAAGGGUCUUAAUAACUUGCAUGAUGUGGUCACUGUAGAUUUAGCUGUUCUGAAAACAUUUUUUUUCUCUUUCAGCCAUGGCAGUACUGGUAAACACCCAUUGCCAGUAUUGGAAAUGAUUUUUUGAACCAUUAAAAAGAGUUGUUAAGAUGUAGUUUAUCUAAUCUAAUCAGUUUUGUACCCCACAGGAUCGGCUGAAAGCUUCAAAACUCGAGACUACAUUUUCUUUCAUAACUAUUGGGAUUUGCCUGAAAUGAAUUAAAUUAAUACAGUGUUUAUUAAUUACUUAAUUACGUCUUAUUAUACUCUAAAACCCCACAAGUGUUUUUGUAUUUUUCUAUAUGAUGGGGGGGUUGGGGGGAGGGGAUAAGAUUAUUCUGUUAUCAUUCAGAGACAGAUGCCCAAAUUCUUUCUUUUUCUUUUUUUUGUUGGAAUGUGAGGGUUUGUGUAAGGAUCUCAGAAUUGUUUAUGUUGGCAGUCAUGAUUAUUAUUCACUGUCUGAAUGCUAGGUAUUUGUCCUCUAUGUGACUAAUGUGUAGCAUCUUUUUUGUUAAAUUAUGUAGUUAUUUUGAACAAACUCCUUUUGAAAAAAAAAAAAAUAAAAAGUGAACUUUU